AUGGCUCCGGAGCGCGGGGCUCGCUCGCUGCCCUGCGGCACGGAGGGGCUGCCCAGAGCCUUCCUGCAAAGCCUGCGGACCCUCUUCGACAUCCUGGAUGACCGGCGGCGGGGCUACGUGCACCUGCGGGAGAUCGAGUCCCGCUGGCAGGGGGCCGAGGCCCGGGAGCUCCCCCCCGGCGUGCUGGAGGGGCUGCGGCAGGCGGCCCCGGCCAGCGGCUACCUCACCUUCGAGAGGUUCGUGCUGGGGCUCCGGGCCUCGCUGCUGAGCCCGGCGAACGGGGGGAAAGCGGCCCGGCCGGCCCCGGGAGGAUGCGACCCCCACGGCAAGGCGCGCCCCGCUGCCCCCAAGGGCGGGCCGGGCCGAGGGCAAGGGGAGCCCAGGCCGCUGGCGGAGAAGGGCAGGUGCUCGAGCGGGCUCGCCGGCAGCGCGUCCCGGAGCAUGGAGAAGAUCCCCAGCCCGCCGGGAGUCCCCGCGCCCCGGGCCGAGGGGGAGAGCCGGGGCAGGAGCAGAGGUGCCGAUGGGAAGCCCACAGGACAGUCCCAUGGCGAGGGCAGUUGCACAGGGGUGGCGGACGCUCGGCGGCAUGAGAGAGGUCGCGGUGAGCACCGGAGACACACCAUCACCAACGGGGUGGACUAUGGCAUGCUGAAGCAAAUGAAGGAGCUGGAGCAGGAGAAGGACUUCCUGCUCCAGGGGCUGGAAAUGGUGGAGCACGCCCGGGAAUGGUACCACCAGCAGAUCCAGACAGUGCAGGAGCGCCAGAAACACCUUGGGAAAAACAAAACCACAAACGACUUCUUCCUGGAGGGGAACCAAAGCCACCUGGGUCACCUUCUACCCAAGUUGCAGGAAGUGAACCGCUGCCUCGGAGAGCUUCUGUCCACCUCGGGGAAGCCUCUGAACUCCUCCUCGUCGGCGCUGACCAGACAGGUCCCUGCUGCCCCCUCGCCACCUCCUGCCCUGGCAGGGCCCCAGCAAGCCAUCAGUAUGCUGAAGGAGCAAAACCGGCUUCUCACCAAGGAAGUGACUGAGAAGAGCGAGCGGAUCACCCAGCUGGAGCAGGAGAAAUCUGCCCUGAUCAAGCAGCUGUUUGAGGCACGGGCCCGAAAUAACCAUGAGACAAGCCAGAUGGACUCCACCUUCAUCUAGCCCCCCAGCUGACCUCCCACACCCCAGGCCAGGGCUCUGGGGAGGGACUGGGCAGGGACACCACUGCAAAAACAGCCCCAGCCAGCCUAGUUCAGACACCAGGUCUGAG